GAAAGCGGGAGGGAGGGGGCUCCAGCUCGCGCCUGCAAACACGACUCCGUAACAGCCACGUAAUAUUCGUCCACGGGGGUUUACGGGAAUAAAAAAAAAUAUUACAAUCGACAGAGUUUUAAAAAAAAUCAGGAUGGCAUUUCCUGUAGAUAUUCUGACAAAGGUGGAUCAUGAGACCUUAGAGCUAAAAGCCAAGGAAUAUAUGUCUCAGCUCCCCUACAGAAAUAAAGAGUACUUCAGCCUCUCUGAUUCAAAACAGAUAGAAAUCGGACUCUGCAAUGUGAGUUUUGUCCCUCUUUAUGGAACAGAUACUGAAAAAAAAAUCCUUGCUUUGUUCUCACCUGAUGACUUUAACACAGUGUUAGGUCUAUAUUUGCUGGAUCGGUGGUGGGGGGCUGAAGAUGUUCUUAAAACAGUAGAGCCCUCAAAAACAGGCCUGAUCGAGGUCAGCACUCUUGGGGAAAGAAUAGUCUUAUAUGUUCUCAACAGAAUUGUGUUGAGAAAGGAGAAGAGCAGUGAAGAUGUUAUCUUUCUCUGUCAUUGUGAACACGAAGCUGCAAAAAUACUAUGGAAGGAUGGAGAGGCAAUUGGUUUUUACUCAUUCAAACCCAAAGGUAGCUUAUGCAGAAACUUCGUAACCCAAUGCUAUCAACUUCCUGUAAUGGACACAUUAUUUGUCAGGAAGACUCACCGGGGCCAGGGUUAUGCCAUAAAGAUACUGGAAGACUUUGUUGGUAGCUUCAGAAAUGAGUACAUAGGGUUGAAAUUCCCUCUUACAAAAGCUAUGUUUAAAGUUUGUGAAAAGUAUUUCAGUGUAUAUCCAGCAGACAAGGAGCUUCUGUGGGAAGUAGAGAACAUAGGAAGCUCUUUCCAGAGAACUCUAAUAGCUAACAGGCUACAGAAGCUGAAGCUAAAGGAGAAGGACCAGGUUGUGAGCCAACUGAAUUUUGAUGAAGAAGAUGCCCCAGCUCCAAUGGAAAUUGAGUUUACAAAGAUUCAGGAAACCACUGAAUACACAGUGGAGAUUGUGGAGAAGACCAUCAUAGACGUAACCAAAGUAGUAGAUGACAUACCUGUCACAACGCGUGGCAGAAGUAGCAACCUGAAACGAAGGGCUAUCAGAGAAAAUUCAGAAGAAAGGCUUUCAGAGAACAUAAUCAGGGUGGAAGACAUUGAGGCCGGAGUUAAAAAUUCAGACGAGGUAGAAGCAAUGGAAAAUCUUAACACUUUUUCUGCAAAAGAAUCAGAAACGGUACUCAGGAGCUCAGUAGGCACAGUAACUGCAACUAUGAGAAACUUUGCAGAGUGUAGAAGAUCACAAAAAAAGGAGACACGUGAAAUUGAAAAAGACAUUGUCACAGCUACAUCAGAGGGGAGUGCAGUCACCCCUUUCACCACGGCUCGAGAAAUAAAGUGCCAAAGCGGUAGUAAAGAGGAAUGUGAAAUGGUGAUUAGGGAGUACACUAUAGAUAUACAAGGAGCCACUAUAGGGUCUAUUGAUCAAAACCAACCUGAGUCUGUGGUGGAUGUAGAAAAUGUGAAGAUGAGUACAGGAACUAAAGAAGAAAAAAAUGAAACAUUUGAAAAGAACAAAGAGCCUGAUGAAGAUACACAUGUUUGUGAGUCUGAGACUGAGGAAAUAAAACAAAUGUUAGAUGAACUGAAUGAGGAAAAAACUGUGAGUGAAACUGAAGUAGCAGAGCAGUCAGAGGCUCAGUCAAAGUGGGAUGUGGAAAAAACAGGGAAUAAAGAAAGGUCAGAAGAUGAGGUUAUGUUGGGAAGUGGGAAGGACCUAACUGAGGAAAGCAGAGAUGACAAAACAGGCCAAGAAAAAAGUGAACCAAAGGAAGAAGACACAGUUCUGCAACAGUCUGUGGAAGUUAAAACGGUGACAAACAAGGAUGCACUAAUUGAAAAGGCAGAACAGGUCUUCAACAAGAGCAAUUUGCCUCAGAAGAGAACAUCAGAUUUAACUCCCUCAAAUAGGUCCAAAAGACUCAGACAUCAGCCUGCUGAAAAAGAUAUUAAAGCUACGUCUGUGACAACAGGUCAACAAAGAUCCAAACAUCACAGCAAAACAAUGAUGCAAGAUGAAUAUAUUCAACCAUCGACAGAUGAAACCGAACAUGAUGUUAUAGAAAAGAUACAAGAAGCUCAAACUGAAAAUAAAGCAGAGUCUGAGGUUGAGGAAUACACAGAAAAAGAAAUGCUUACAGUUGAAACUGUAACUACCAUGGACGUUGAAAUUACACAGGUUGAGCAAACUGUAUUUCCACAGUCAUCUGUAGAGUCUCCUGAGAUACAGGAAACAAAAACAACAUCUAAAGAGGGUGAGGAGACAGUGGAGAAUAGCACUGUGACAAUGAAUGAAGUCAAAGUUGUGCUUGUGGAUUUGCAUGAAUUUUCUCCUAAGGAGUCAGGUGAUAAUCAGGGAGAGAUUGGUAUUCUUGAACAAGAGGAAAUGAAAGUUGAUGCAAAUCUCACGAGUGAUGAAAAUCCUGAGAGGGAUGAACUUAUUGCAGAGGAUGUAAUUUUACAGGAGAAUGAAAUGGCAAAUACAAAUGCUGAUGAAACUACAAGUGUAGAAUGUGGAAGUUCUGAACUACUUAGAGCUGCCAUAAAAGAUGAUAAAGAGAAAGAACGUCAGAUUACAAAGGUUACUGGAGAAAUUCUGCUUAUAGAAACAGGAGCUGAGGAAAAUGUAGCAGGAAACAGAGUUGAAGACAUUACAAUAAUGGAGAACAAGGAAGCAAAUUUAGCUGGACAAAUGGACCGUGACGUAGAGAGUUUUGCUCAGGAGGAACAUGUCCAGGAAGAAGAAGUGCCAAUCAGCACAGAAAGACAUCUUAGACGUAGAACAAUACCAAUUCAGACUCCAAUGAUAAAGAAAUCUAGAUGUGUACAGAAACAAAAAACUGAACCAGAUAUUGAACAUCAAGAAAGACACACAGUGGUGAGCAAGAAUAAAACAGAUACAAUCUUGAUGACAAAAGAGAGAGAGGAUGAAAUAGAUCAAGAUGUCAACAAGUUGGAGAACAAAGAAGAACUUUUCACUAAGCCAGUGGAAGAACCAAACAUGAGUAGAAAUGAAUAUGAAAAAACAUCAGCAAUAGCACAAGACACUGUGGAUGUCUGUAUACCAAUUAUGACAACUGAGACCAGUUUGGAAAGCCUUGAAGAAAUGGUAAACACAAAUACUGAGGAAACUGCUGUUUCACAGAGUUCCGAACUACCUUUGAGUGUAGAAAUAAAUGAUCAGGAGAAAGAAUUUCAGAUUGUCGAUCGUCCUGAAGAGAAGGUCUUGCUUAUAGAACCUGUCAAGGAGGUAGAGAAUGAUAAUGGUACUCCAUUAAUACAAUUACAAAGAGCUACAGUAGUACUUGUGGAUUUCAGCAAACUUUCCCAAAAUACAGAAAGACAGGGUGAGGCUUCAGAAGAACUGAGACAAUUCCAAAUGGAAGAAAAAUGGGAACUGUAUGAACCAGAUAAAAGUGAACAAGAACUGUCUAAUCUCACACUAGAAAAAGAGAAACAAGAAGAAGUACAAACACAGGAAGGCACUGAAAAGACCCCUGAGGAAGAGAAAACGGAGGAAGAAAACACAGUUGAAGAGCAAAACAAACUGGAUAAACAAGACAUAACAUUUGAAGAGCAAAAGCCAACUGAAGAUUUGGCCACAAUAACUGCUGAGGUCAGCAUGGAAAGCAAUACAAUUGAAAACAAACAGAAUGAGGAUGAAGGAGUGAGCAAUCUUGUCCAGGAGAAUGCUGUUCAAGAAAACUUAGAAGAGGAGGCAUCAGUCAGCAUGCAGCAAAGGCUUAGACAAAGAACAAUAAGUCAGUCUCCACCAAGAAGAAAAUCUAGACGUAUACAAAAACAAAGGGAAGAUAAAACUGAAACUGUCCUGAUAACAGAAAAAGAAGUUGGUGAGGUGGACCAAAGUAUAGAAGUAGUUGAGAAAGAGCCUCAAAUAUCAAUUGUUCAUGCUACUGAGAAGGUGAUCCCACUCGUAGAAUCAUUGCCAGAAGAUAAUGAAGUAGAAAAAGGAGAUAAAGAAAUCAACAAGUUGGAGAACAAGGAGACACAUUUACCUGUGACAAGACAGACAGAUGAGGAGACACCUGAGGUUGAGGAAGCCAAUUUAGAGCAACAGCAAAAUGAGCUAUUGGGAAAAAAUGACAAAGAAACAGCUGAGACAGAAACAUCCAUGGAGUUUGCCUCAGUGUUUGGCAAAGAACAAACAUAUAUUGUAGGGGGGACCAUCAUUCAAACAGAGGAAAAAGUUUCACUGGCAGAAGCAGAAUUUCAUGCGAAGGGUGAAAAAGAUGAUGGUACUUCAGUAAUACACCUGCAGAAAGCCACAGUAGUACUUGUAGAUUUAAACAAACUCUCCCAAAUUACAGAAGGGGACAGUAACAUUAAAGACGUUCUAACAUCUUCCCAGACAGAGGAAAAACUGGAUCAGGAUGAACCAGAUAAUAGUGAAUAUCAACAAAUUAAUGUGACAUCAGAAGAGAAAGAACAGUUAGAACAACUAGAAAAAGAGGAAGAUACUGAAAAGACCCCUGAGAAGGACAAAAUGGAGGAUGAAAACACAGUUGAAGAACACAAUGAACUCUAUAAACAGGACAUUACAUUUGAGCAGCAAAAACCAACAGAAGAUUUGGAAGAACAAAAUGAUUUAAAGCAGAAAGAGAUCGUAGAAGGUUAUAGGAGAGAAGAUGAGGAUGAGGGAGAAGCAGCAAAAUCUGGAGAACAUCCUGAAAAAAUAACAAUGGCAGAUGAAACAAAUAUAAUUCAGGAGACAGAAAAAGUUGACAAUAUUACUGAAAAGCAAACAGACAGUGACAUAGACAUGCAUGAUCUUGCUCAGGAAGCAUCAGAAACUGACCACGAGGUCUUAGAAGAGGAGGCAUCAGUCAGCACAGAGAGAAGUCUCAGACGUAAAACAGUAAAAAUUCUGUCUCCACCUAGAAGAAAAUCGAGACGUUUACAAAAGAAAGAGGCUGAAACAUUUGAAGAUAAAACUAAAAACAUGCCAAUAAUAGGAAAAGUAGUUGAAGAAAUGCAGAAAACAGCUGUAGAGGCUACUGAGGUCAUCCCAUCUGUCAAAGCAGUAUCUGAAGAUAAUGUAGUAAAAAAAGAAGAAAUCAACAAGAUGGAGAACAAGGAAACAAUUUUAGCUGUCACAAAAGACCCACAUGAGGAGACACCUGAGGUGGAAGAAGCCAAUUUAGAGCAACAGCAAAAUGAGCUAUUGGGUAAAAAUGACAAAGAAACAGCUGAGACAGAAACAUCCAUGGAUGUGGUUGACAAAGAGCGAAUCGUAGGGGAAACCACCAUCCAAACAGAAGAGAAAGUUUCACAGGUGGGAAGCAUCGAAACCAAUCAAAGUGACAAUGAAAGGAUCACAAGUCUCAAGCUCAGUGUGAAAUCAGUCACCGCUACACAGAAGGCAAGAAAAUCUCCACGUCUCCACAAAGUAGAGUUGGAGUCAGUGAAAGAGACAACUAUGAGUAGAAAUGAACAUGAAGAAACCUCAGAAAAAACAGAAGAGACUGUCAACUUGUGUAUGCCAGUAAUUACAGUAGACAGCAUAUUGGAUGAAAGUCUUGAUGAAAUGGCAAACACAAAUGUUGAAAAAACUACAGCUAUUGAAGCUGAGACUUUUGAACUGCUGAUGGGUGAAGAAAUAAUUGAUAAAGAGGAGGUUUCUCAGACUGUAGAAGAGGACAAAACUACAGAAGCGGAACCUCAUGAAGAGACAGUGAAAGAUGAUAGUACUCCAGUAAUACUGCAAACAGACCCACCUUUACUUGUAGAUUUAAACAAACGUCCUCAAAAUACAGAAGAACAGCCUGACACUCGAGAAGCCUUAACACAUUUUCACACAGAGGAACAACUGGAAAUGUGUGAACCAGAUGACAUUGAAUAUCACCUAUGUAACCUGACAUCGGAAGGGGACAAACAAGACAUGACAGUUGAGGGGCAAAAGCCAACAGAGGACAUAAACGAUGGAAAGGAGAGAAAGACAGUAGAGGAAUAUAAAGUGGUUAUAGAUGAGGAUGUGGAAGAAAGUUUACCAACUGGAGACCAUCCAAAAACAACAACAAUGGAAGACAAUCCAAAUACAAUUCAAGAUAUUCCUUUAAAAGAGAAACAAAAGGAUAGUGACCUACAGAUAAGCAGUCUUGGUCAGGAAGAAUUUCAAGCUGUCAAGGAAAUCUUAGAAGAGGAGGCAUCAGUUAGCACUGAGAGAAGUCUUAGACGUAGAACAAUAAAAAUUCAGUCUACACCAGCAAAGAAAUCUAGACGAGAACUAAGACAAGAUGCUGGGGUUUUUGAAGAUAAAACUGGAACAGUCCAACUACCAGGAGAAGGAGAUGAAGAAGUACAUAACGAAGGAGCAAAAAUAGAUAAAGAGGAAAUACUUCAAAAAACCACUGUAGAUGCUAUUGAGAAUAUUGUCUCACUUAUAGAACCUGAUGAGAAUGUAAUAGAAAAAGGAUUUGAAGAAAUUAACAAGGAAACUACUCCUGAGAUGGAUAAUGAGAUAGAAACAGCUGAAACAGAAAACCCCAUGGGAGUAGAUGAAGUUUCAGUGGUUAACAUGGAGCAAACAUACAUUUUAGAGAAGACCACCAUUCAAGAAGAGAAAGAGAUCUUGCAAAUGGAAAGCUCUGAAACUAGUGAAAAUAAGAGUGAAGGGGCCACAAGGAGAAGUCUAAGGAUCAGUUCACAAUCAGUCACAUCUUCACAGAAGACCAGAAAAUCUGCACGUCUCCAUAAGGCAGAGUCGGAACUAGUAAAUAAGAGUAGAAAUGAAGAAACGUCUUCAAUGACUGCAAAAAUGGUAAAUGUCUGUGUACCGAUCACCAUUGAGACCAAUGUGGAAAAUCUUGAUGAAGAUGGAGAUGUGAGUACAAGGGUCAAAACUACUUUAGAUGAGCAAGACAUAGACAUAUCAAAUGAUGAAGCUUUGCCUGAAAUAUCUACAGAUGUUGAGGAAGAUGAGACUAUGACCUUAUUUAAAAUAACUGAAAAUGAAAUUCAGCUGGAAACAGAUAAAAUGCAGAAAGAUAUGGAGGAGGUCCAGGAGAAAGAAAAAGCAGAGCCUUCACAAGAAAACACAGAGCAGGAACAAGAAGCGGUAUCACUUAGGGAAAAUGUGGGGGAAACCGACCUGACAAAUGAAUUUAAGACAGCAGCUGUGGAGGAAAAGGUUGCUUUAGAAAACUCAGAGCAAGAAGCAACUUUUAUUACAAGAAGUCUCAGAUAUCGAACAGUAACAGUCCGGUCUACACCAAGAAGUAAAUUAAAAUGUCUCCACAGACAAGAGCUGGAGUUAGAAAGAGAAACUAGUGAUUUAAAUGUCCCUGUAAGGAAAGAGAAUGAGGACAGAGCUUCUGAAUUUAAAUAUUUGGAGGCAAAAGAGGAAGAUAAAAUUCAGACAAUUACAGUUGGAAAUUUAGAAAAAUCAGAAACAAAAGAUGAUACUAAGGAAGAAGGAAAGAAAGUCCUGUUUGAAAUUGUGGAAAGUAACAGUGGCAGCCGGGUAAACUCAGAGAUGAACAAAACUCAAGAAGAUCAUACUGAGAGAGAAGAUAUGCCAGUGCCUAAUGAACAGGAGGAAGAGGUUUCCAGUGUACAGAAGGAAGAAACCCAAGAAAGAGAAAAUGAGGGCACUGCUGAAGGUGGCCAAGGAAGUUCAGCUGAUUUGGAGGAAACAGCAGCGGAAAGGAGAUCCCUGAGAAAAAGAAUGACUGUUGAAGCAGCUGCUCCAAGAAAAUCCAAACGUCUUUGUAAACAAGAGCAUGAUGACGAUUGUGAGAAGGUCAAGGAGGCCGUUAUGGGACAAACUGACUCAGCAGAAGUGACAUUUACACAAGACUGUGUAGAACUGAGGUCAGAUGCAACUGCAGCCAUUUUUGAGGAGAGUAAUUUGGAUGAAGAAAUACUACAGAAAAUCCAAAAAAAUGAACAAAAGGCUAAAUCAGACGGAGAUUGUCAUGUACAUGAAGACACAGAGCCAGAUGCAGGUGAAUCUCAAGAGGAGCAAAAAGAGAGCAGAUCAAAUAAAACCCAGGCAGAUGAGGACCAACAAGAGGUUUUGACUGGUGAAAUAGUAGAGGAGGUGAUAGAGCAACAUGUAGAUCUUGAGUCCAGUGCAAGUGAGGGAUUCACCUUAGCAUUGGAGGUAGAGGAAACUUCUGAUCAAGAAGAAAACAAUGCAGAUGAGGCUUCAAAAGAGAUAUCCACAUCUGCCGAAAAAUAUGAGAAAGGUGAAGAAAAUAUGGCUGAUGACGAUGAGAAAACUCUUGCCGUUGGAAAGCAUGUUGUUCAAAGUAGCUCAACUACUGCUUCUACCAGACGAAAAUCAGUUAGGCUACAAAUGCAUGAAUCCAAAACUAAGGAAGAUGAAUCAGAUUCUGAAUCAGAAGUAGAACAAACAGCACAACAGAGACGUCAGAGGAAAAGAAAAGCCAUUACUGAUUCAGCAUCAGUACGGAGAUCAAGACGCUAUGUUAGGGCAAGAAUUGUGUAGAAGAUUAGUGAUUUGUGGCUCUUGUUUUAGUACAAGCCUUAUAUGCAUUGCUUAAGAGACCAACCAGUUAUAUACAUAAUGUGAAGUUUUCUAUUACAUAUGCAAAAUAAUGCAAACUAUUUUCACCGACUAUAUUUUAUAUUUUUUUAUUAAAUAUUUGGGAUUUUAUAAAACUGGUCUUUCUUGACAUUAGUAAUUACUGAAAUAAGCAUGUUCAGUAUAUUAUAUCUUUAGGCACUUUUUUUCCUUUUAUUUCUAUAUUCUGCAUUGCAAAUGUUUUAUAGAAGUAGCUUUUAUUGUAUAGCACUAUUUUUAUAUUCAAUUAAAGGAAAAUGCAUUCACUUUGGUUCCAGAUGGGAUGCUAAAUCGAUCUGAUUUGUUCCUCAUUUUCAGAGCACACAGAUGCUCACACAGCAUAGGUGUUAUGUGUGAAACAUAUUCCCAAUGUGCAUUAUGUGCUUCCUUUCAAAUGUUCUUUCUUUUGAAUAUUACAGUUACAUUGUAGUAUCUUAGUAUCUUAAGUAGCAAAUGUGUGUGAAUGUGUAAUGCUUAUGGGUUUGUUGUUUAUUUUACACUCCAUUCUGUUCACAGAGCACUUCAUGUUGCUUCGUGUUUCAUCACUGUUGAAAUGCAAAAAAAAAAAACAUUUUUUUCUUUGACCUCUGUGAUUAGUCUUUAAAAACAUUUCCCUGAGCUGUAAUUUGUCAGUUUUUUUUUUUCUUAAAUGUUUUAAUAAA